AUGACUUUAUUCAACACUUACUAUUUUCUUCUUUUUAUUAUUCUUGGAAACGCUUAUGAAUUUUCUGAAAAUAAAAAGUCAGAUGAAAAUUUCUCAUUGGUGGGAAAAAUUUUAAACGAUGGAAUUUUAGCUGAAAAAUCACAACAUAAUUUUGAAACAAAUAAUGUACCAAGUAUAGUUGUUUCUCAUGAUAUUGGUGUUAAAAGAAUGGUUCAACGUAAACCAGCACCAAGAGUUAGAAGACCUCAAAGACAAGUAAGAAAAGCAACAGGAACAGCAAAUAGUCAACAAGCUCUUAUUCAACAACUUAGAAAAAGAAUUGCUGAUUUAGAAUUUCAAAUACAAUUGGAACAAAUAAUUGCAGAACAAAAUUUACAACAAGAAAGAAGAAACAGACAUCUUAAUGAAAUUGAAAGAAGAAGAUUAAGAGAAGCCAGAUUAAGACAAAUGCAACAAAAUAGAGAAAAAAAUAGAAGACUUCGCAGACAACAAUUAGAUGCAACAGUACAAGAAAUAGUAGAAAGAGCAAGAGAAGAUGAAAGACUUUUAUUAGAACAAGAAUUAGCUUCUCAAACUACAGCACAACCUUAA